UGCGAGGUGACUGGGGACACGGGUGUGCGUGAUGGAAAGGGCGGGGAAGGGAGCGGAACACAGGCUGAGGUUGCGCCCCAGCCUCUGCGCACCCUACCGGCCCUGCCCGGGGCGGAGUCUUGUCCCGGCCGGCGAGGGCCAUGCUGUCCGCUGGAGGCACCCAGGGACCCGGCCAGCCGUGCGGCUGCCCUCCGCUAUGGCGGGGGCGGCGCGGGGUUCGGGCUGGUGGCCCCCGCUCGGGCUCCUGCUCCGGUUUGCGGCGCUGCUCGGAACGCUGGGGCCACAGGUCCAGACCCUCCGGGCAGAAAGCCUCCUGCUGGUGUCCACCCUGGAUGGGAGCCUCCACGCACUGAGCAAGCAGACAGGGGACCUGAAGUGGACACUAAAGGAUGAUCCCAUGAUUCAAGGGCCAAUGUACGUCACAGAGACGGCCUUUCUCUCAGAUCCAGCUGACGGCAGCCUGUACAUGUUGGGGACUCAGAAACAACAGGGAUUAAUGAGACUGCCGUUCACCAUCCCUGAGCUGGUUCAUGCCUCCCCAUGUCGCAGCUCUGACGGUAUCUUCUACACAGGCCAGAAGCAGGAUACCUGGUUUGUAGUGGACCCUGAGUCAGGGGAGACACAGGUGACCCUGACCACAGAGGGUCCCUCCACCCCCCGCCUCUACAUCGGCCGAACACAGUACACAGUCACCAUGCACGACCCCAGGGCCCCGGCCCUGCACUGGAACACCACCUACCACCGCUACUCAGCGCCCCCCAUGGACGGCCCGCCUGGGAAAUACAUGAGCCACCUGGCAUCCUGUGGGAUGGGCCUGCUGCUGACUGUGGACCCAGGAAGUGGGGCAGUGCUGUGGACGCAGGACUUGGGUGUGCCUGUGAUGGGUGUCUACACCUGGCACCAGGAUAGCCUACGCCAGCUACCCCAUCUCACACUGGCUUGGGACACCGUGCAUUUUCUCAUCCUCCGCUGGGGCCACAUUCAACUGCCUGCCUCGGGCCCCCAGGACACAGCCACCCACUUCUCUGCCUUGGACACCCAGCUGCUGAUGACGCUGUAUGUGGGGAAGGAUGAAGCUGGCUUCUAUGUUUCUAAAGCACUGGUUCACACAGAGGUGGCUCUCGUGCCUCGUGGACUGACCUUGGCCCCCGUGGAUGGCCCCACCACAGACGAGGUGACACUCCAAGUCUCAGGAGAGCGAGAGGGCUCACCUAGCACUGCUGUCAGAUACCCCUUGGGCAGCGUGGCGCUCCCUAGCCAGUGGCUGCUCAUUGGACACCAUGAGCCACCCCCAGUCCUGCACACCACUAUGCUGAGGGUCCAGCCCAGCCCAGGGAGCAGGGCGGCUGAGAACAGACCCUCAGAGGGCACACAGGCUCAAGCACUCUUCCUGGAGCUCCUGAGGCUGAGCCGAGAGGAACCUCGGGACCUGGUGCUACAUCCUGAAGAGAAGACCCCACACUUGAAUCCAGGGCUGAGUCCCCAAGACCUGCUGGCCGCUAGCCUCACUGCUGUCCUCCUGGGAGGGUGGAUGCUCUUCCUGAUGAGGCAGCAGCAGCAGGUCCCCCUGGCACCUGCAGACCCUCGUGAUGUCUCAAAGGAUGCUCAGUCCCAGCCCUCGGGGGCCACCCCUCAGGGCCAGAAGAGGCUUCAAGGCCCCUCAGAACAAGCCCAGCCACUUGAAGACCCUGAUGCUGAGCAGCUCACGGUAGUGGGGAAGAUUUCCUUCAGUCCCAAGGACGUGCUGGGUCACGGGGCAGGCGGGACAUUUGUUUUCCGGGGGCAGUUUGAGGGGCGGGCUGUGGCUGUCAAGCGGCUCCUCCGGGAGUGUUUCGGCCUGGUCCGGCGGGAGGUCCAGCUGCUGCAGGAGUCAGACAGGCACCCCAAUGUGCUCCGCUACUUCUGCACCGAGCGGGGCCCCCAGUUCCACUACAUUGCCCUGGAGCUCUGCCAGGCCUCGUUGCAGGAGUAUGUGGAAAAGCCAGAGCUGGACCGCUGUGGCCUGGAGCCUGUGCUGGCGCUGCAGCAGCUGAUGUCCGGCCUGGCCCACCUGCAUUCCUUACACAUAGUGCACCGGGACCUGAAACCCAGCAAUGUUCUCAUCGCCGGGCCGGACAGCCAGGGUAGAGGCAGCGUGGUCCUCUCAGACUUCGGCCUCUGCAAGAAGCUGCCGGCUGGCCGCUGCAGCUUCAGCCUCCACUCAGGCAUCCCCGGCACGGAAGGCUGGAUGGCGCCAGAGCUCCUACAGCUCCUGCCCCCAGACAGCCCUACCAGCGCAAUAGACAUCUUCUCUGCGGGCUGCCUAUUCUACUAUGUGCUUUCUGGUGGCAGCCACCCCUUUGGAGAGAAUCUCUAUCGCCAGGCAAACAUUCUUACAGGGGCUCCCUGUCUGGCUCACCUGGAGGAAGACACCCAUGACAGGGUCAUCGCCCGGAGCCUGGUGGAGGCCAUGUUGAGCCCACUACCGCAGGCGCGCCCCUCUGCUCACCAAGUGCUUGCCCACCCCUUCUUUUGGAGCAGAGCCAAGCAGCUCCAGUUCUUCCAGGAUGUCAGCGAUUGGCUGGAGAAAGAGUCUGAGCAGGCACCCCUGGUGACAGCGCUGGAGGCGGGAGGCUCUGCGGUGGUCCGGUGCAACUGGCACAAGCAUAUCUCGGAGCCGCUGCAGACAGAUCUGAGAAGGUUCCGGUCAUAUAAAGGGAUGUCAGUGCGAGACCUGCUCCGUGCCAUGAGGAACAAGAAGCACCACUACAGGGAGCUCCCAGUGGAGGUGCAGCAGGUGCUAGGUCCUGUCCCCGACAGCUUCGUCCAGUACUUCACAGACCGCUUCCCGCAGCUGCUCCUCCACACAUACCAUGCCAUGAGGAGCUGCGCCUCUGAAAGCCUCUUCCUGCCCUACUACCCGCUGGCCUCAGGGGCCAGGGAGCCAUGCCCAGGGGCUGCUGGGAGCUAA